GCAGAAGAGGAUACACACAGCGAUAGCAACAGACCUUCAUCUGAUACUUCUCCCUCCCCUAUCCUCUCUGUUCUCGUCUUUCGCCCGCCACUGGAGCAAAAACAAUCUUGGUAUCUUUCUCUCGGCUCGGCUUCCAUGGCUUCCUUCCGGUCCAAUUGAAAAUUCAUGUUCUGAGCUUCGUGAUUUUUCUUUUUUUGCUACUCCGUGGGCUUUCUUUCUGGUAAAUGGCAGAUGCUAUCCGGUCGCCAUCUUUUCGGUUUUCUUCCUCCCUGCUUACCACUGCCUCUGUUUCCGCCUUGAAUUCCUCUUCCCAGCCCUCUAUUUCGCCCGUUGGCUCAUGUUCGGAUAAGAGGGCUUCCCCCGUUUUGUUCGUCUCUUCUGCUGGCGUUUCUCCCUUCGUUCCUGCUCCAAGGAAGCAAUUCAAUUCCUUAAAGGUACAUGCAACUAUUGCUGAGACAGACCAGCCAAAAUGGUGGGAGAGAAAUGCUGGACCAAAUAUGGUCGAUAUUCAUUCUACACCAGAAUUUUUAAGCGCCUUGAGUGAAGCUGGAGAUAGAUUAGUCAUUGUUGAAUUUUAUGGCACGUGGUGCGCUUCUUGCCGAGCAUUGUUUCCCAAGCUCUGCAAAACUGCUGAGGAACACCCAGAAAUUCUAUUCUUGAAGGUCAAUUUUGAUGAAAACAAGCCGAUGUGCAAAAGCUUGAAUGUAAAGGUGCUUCCUUUCUUCCAUUUCUACAGAGGGUCUGAAGGACAACUGGAAUCUUUUUCCUGUUCACUUGUCAAGUUUCAAAAGAUAAAAGACGCAAUUGCGAAGCACAACACCGAACGUUGCAGCAUUGGCCCGCCAAAGGGCGUAGGAGAGCUCAACCUCAAUUCCUUUGCUGCUCCAAAGGACAGCCCUCCUUCAUCGGGAGGAAUGACGAGAUACGGAACAAUUCCAUCAUCAUCGCAAUCACAGCCGCCGCCGCCGCAGUCGCCGGCGUCGGGUCAGAAGAUCAGAUCCACCGCCGAAAACCUAAUCGCCACCGCCAAGCCAUGGAAGCUCAUGAUCCAACCACAAUCCCUCGCCAUCCCCGCCACAUUACCCCAAUCCAUCGACAGGAUCAAAGCCAAUGUCGCCUUCUUCCGCAGCAAUUACGCCAUCGUCGCCAUAUGUGCCCUGUUCCUCUCCCUUCUCUGGCACCCUGUUUCCUUCAUCCUCUGCCUCGCCGUCGCCGCGGCGUGGCUGUUCCUCUACGUCCUCCGUAACGGCGGGGACCCCUUGGUGGUCGGUGGGCAGGUGAUCGGACAGAAGACGGUGGUGACGUCGCUGCUGGUGGGGACGAUGGUGGUGCUCUUCUUCACGGAGGUGGCGGAGGACAUCGUCGUGGGGCUUUUCGCCGGGAUUGCGUUGAUUGUCGUCCACGGAGCGGUGAGGGAGACCGGCGACCUGGUGGCCGUCGGCGGAGCUGUGCAGGAUCCUGCAGCGAUUGGGUCGUCGUCGGUUGCAAUAGCAAUACCCGGUUCGUAUCAAGCAGCCGGCAAUAAGAAUAUCAACAAAUAG